AUGACAGUAUCAAGAGACCACUACUACAAGUUGAGUAGUGACUUGGAGCAAGAGAGAAUUAGCGCAGCAAUCGCCUUGAUCAACGAGUUAAAUGAAGCUGACAACGACAGUGAAUGGGAGUAUGCAUUAUCAAGAUUAAUCAAAGGUUUGUCCUCUUCAAGAGGCUCCUCAAGACUUGGAUUCUCCACUUGCUUAACUGAACUCAUCAAUAUUAGACUUUCAAGCGGUAAACUUACUUUACAAAGCCUUGUGGAAUUGAUCAAUUCAAACACAAAGGUGUCAAGUUCAAUGAAUGGUAAGGAAGAACGUGCUGUCUUGUUUGGUAAAUUAUUUGGUUUGCAAUGUAUUUCAAAUUUGAACUCUGGUGUUUUUGCUGGGGAUAUAAAGUUUGAAGACUUCAAAUUGUUCAUCGAUAAUCUGAUUGAAUUAGCUUGUCUGAAAUCAUGGAUCAGAGAACCAACAUUGUUCACCAUUGUCACUUUACUUCAAGCUAUCCCAGACCGUCUUGACAGAGAUUCAAUUGUUUAUGUCUUUACAAAGUUGGAUCAAAAUAAAUUGUCAUUAACAACUGAAGGUUUGGCCAUUUACCUCUCAGUUCCUACCACAUUUAGAUCAUCAACUUUAUCCAAAUUGAACUUUGAGAAUUCCACAUGGAAAGAAUGCGACCCAUUACACCAAUCCAACAUAUCUUUAUUGUCUAAAGUUUUGAAAGAUAUAUCUAGCGGUGAUGACUCUUCUGAAGAAGGUACUAAGUCAAAUUCAAAGCAAAAAGGUUCUUGGUCACCUAGACUACAUUUUGUUUGGCAAUUGAUUAUUCAAGAACUAACUACUAUUAACAACCAAGAACCAGUUGAUGAGGAGGUUGAAAACUCUAAAAAGAGAAAAAAGCACAACAAGGAGAGCAAAAAGAAAUCAAAAUCAAAUUCCAAAUCAGAAGUUAGUGUUAAUGACCAUAUCACUGUUCCAGAGUUUUGGAAAGUCAUUAUUGAUGAAGGUUUCUUUAGUGAAAAGUCUUCACAUGAACGCAAAUAUUGGGGGUUUGAAAUUUUUCAAAUUCUGUUUGGCUCAGUCUCAGCUGAAGUUGUUUCGUCAUUGUUUACUCAAAACCUUAUGAGAACCUUAAUAAAUCAAACAUCAGAUAACAAUAGACUUUUGAACAAAGUUGCAAAAAAGACACUUUCCAAGAUUUCAGAGACAACUUCGCAACAACCAGAGAAAGUGAUCCCAGUUUUGCGAAAUGUACUAAUUGGAGAAUAUGGAAGUUUACAAUUUGAUAGAUUAACCAAAUCCAAAACCGUUGAAACUUUGAUUUCAAAUACCUCUUCAAAUACCGAAUUGGCUAACUUUUUCAUUGGAAUUCUCAAAUCUCCAGUCGUUAAGAACCAAUCAAAUGAUGAAGAAUCACUGUUAAAGACCAAGAAAUGGACAAUUGAUCAAUUACUUCAUCUUGUUCGUGCAAAGAAAUCAAAGUUGGAUGCUAAAUCAGACUUGGAAUGGAUUGACCUAGUUUUAAAAGCAUUAGUUGAAAUUGCAUUUUUCAAGGAAUCUCCAGAGCAAGAAGAGUCACCAAUUACAGAAUUUGCACAAGAAAGAUUAAACUCCAUACUUUCUGAUGUUGUCACUAUUGAACGUAAUGAUAAUAACACUUGGUCUUACAAAACUUUGAGCUCGCUACUAGACUAUUCAAAAGACCACACUCCAAUAUUCGAGUUUGAUGAUGAACUAAAAGCUGUGAAGGAUAAAUCAUUGAAAAUUUUGAAAAAAAUCAGAAAUAAACGGGAAAGCUCAAAAUAUGCGGAUAAUUCUAGAUUAUUAGUAUUUGAACUAUUAUUUUCUAUGGUUACUCUUCAACUCUUCUCUGGUGAUGCCGAAUCUGUUGAUACCUUGCAGGAAUUACAAGAUUAUUAUUAUGAACAAAAAAAAGAUAAAAAUGAAGAUGAUGAAGAAAAUGAUGAUCCACAUGAUAGUGUUGUUGGUAUAGUGGAGAUUUUAUUAAACUUUAUGAGUCAAAAGAGUUCACUAUUGAAGAAGUUGAGUAUGAUUGUUUGGGAAAACUUUUGCACUAAAGUUGAUUUAGGUGCUUUAGAACUAUUGUUUGAUGUUAUCAAAACGAAAGAAAACAAAGAAGGUCAAAAGGCUUUGUUUGAAGGUGAAGAUGAAUUUGUCGAUGAGGAUGAAGAAGAAGAACAUGACCAUGAUCACGAACACAGUGAGGAUGAUGAAGAAGACGAAGAAGAAGAAGAAAGUGAAGAAGAAGAUAGUGAUGAUGAGGAAGAUGAAGAUAACGAAGCCGUUAGUGAACUUGACAAGAAGACCAACCUUGCAUUAGCUGAAGCUUUGAAACUACCACAACAUAAUGGUGAAGUGACCUUUUCAAGUGAUGAAGAUGACGAUAUGUCAGAUGAGUCAAUGGAUGAUGAACAAAUGAUGGCGAUUGAUGGUGAAUUAUCAAGAAUUUUCAAACAACGUCGUGAUGCUUUAGAUUCUAUUGAGACCGGUAACAAGAGAAAGGCAGAAGUUCAAGAUGCUAGAUCUAAUAUUUUGUUAUUCAAACAUCGUGUUGUUGAUUUACUUGAAAUUUUUGUUAGAAAGAAUCCAACAAGUGAAUUAAUCAUUUACACUGUUGAACCAUUAUUAACGGGGUUGAAAUUGACUUUAGAUAAAUCUCUUGGUACAAAGAUUCACAAAUUAUUGAAAAGCAGAGUCUGUAAAUCAAAAGUUGACAUUCAAACUGUUUCCAAGGAACAAUUAUUAGAAAUCUUACAACAUGUUCAAAAAGACAUUUUGAAAACUUCAAAUACAAAUGAUUUCAACUUGUCAUCAUCUCAAUGUUCAAUCUUUAUUUCCAAGCAAAUCUUGCAAUUAGAUGAAACAGUUGUUGAUGAAAUAAUUGAUCAAUAUACCGAUUUACUAAAAAAAUGGUUCACCAAGAAGAACUCAAGAUUAACUAGCUCCAUCUUUUUUGACUUUAUCAAUUGGUUGAGUUCUAAAAGAAGUCAGAAUUAAG